GUUGUGUCGUGCCAAACAGGUCGCAAAUCUUGUCCGAACAAAUUCAAAAACCGCAGGCAAUUCAAAGUUUUCUGACAAAUAAUUGAAACGCUCCAACCCUGACUGCCCACCUCGUUCGCCCUUCUCUGUCUCUCUACUCUGUAAUGAAAUGGAAGCAAUAAGAAAGCAAGCUACAAAGCUCAGAGAACAAGUAGCAAAGCAGCAACAAGCUGUGCUCAAGCAGUUUUCUGGUGGGCUUGGUGGUUCGGAUAAUCUUGCCACCGAUGAUAAUGAACUCCAACUGCAUCAAAAACUUGAGAAGCUCUACAUCUCCACUCGUGCUGCCAAGCACUAUCAAAGGGACGUUAUCCGAGGUGUAGAAGGUUAUAUUGUCACGGGUUUUAAGCAAGUUGAAAUUGGCACCAAGUUGUCCGAAGGUAGCAGAAAAUAUGGUGCUGAAAACACAUGUACCAGUGGCAGUACAUUAUCCAAAGCGGCAUUAAGUUAUAGUAGAGCUCGUGCUCAGAUAGAAAAAGAACAUGGAAAUCUACUGCAAGCACUUGGAACACAGCAGGUUGCGGAGCCAUUAAAAGCAAUGGUAAUGGGAUCCUCAUUGGAAGAUGCUCGACAUCUUGCACAGCAAUAUGAUAGAAUGAGACAGGAAGCUGAAGCUCAGGCUAUUGAAGUUUUCAGACGGCAAUCAAAAGUGAGAGAAUCGAACGCCAAUCCUGAUAACAUAUUGAAAUUGGAAUCUGCCGAAAUGAAGCUUCGCGAACUUAAGUCAAACAUGACCACCUUGGGUAAAGAGGCUGCUGCUGCAAUGGCUGCUGUGGAAGGCCAACAACAAAGGUUGACUAUCCAGCGACUUAUAGCCAUGGUUGAGGCAGAGCGUGCUUAUCAUCAGCGCGUCUUACAGAUACUUGAUCAGCUUGAGGGGGAGAUGUUGUCUGAGCGCCAAUCUUUUGAAGCUUCUCCUAUUCCAGCGACAGAUCGUGCUAUUCCUCCUCCCCCUUUAUACAAUGGAAGUGAUGAUUUAUUUGCUCCUCAAUCAUAUCCUGGGCCAAUUGAUGGCCCGGGUUACUUCUUAGGAGAGGUUGUGCACCCAUAUCAAGCCGAUUCUGACGUAGAGUUGACGUUAUCAGUUGGUGACUAUGUAGUCGUCCGAAAGGUGUCGAACAAUGGUUGGGCUGAAGGUGAAUGCAAAGGGAAAGCAGGUUGGUUCCCCUUUGGGUACGUUGAAAGACGGGAACGUGUUCUUGCAAGCAAGGUAGCUGAAGUAUUUUAAAGGUUGAUCUUGUAAAUCCAUCUUGCAUACACUUAUGUGUUUGUACAAGUGAAUAUUUUUCAUUUUAUCGCAUGUAAGAUUGGAUAAAAUGAAGGAAGGUUAUAAUCAACUCCUAUUUGACAAAGCUUUUUUGAUAUUA